UAUCGUUUAUGAAGAGAAAUAUAGAUAUAAUGUCAAUAAUCAACGGUUUAUUUAUUCUCUGACCACUUGUUUGGUUAAUCACAUCCAAAGACUCGACCCGUAAACAAGUAUUGGCAGUGAAGACACUCGGGAACUGAAUUAUUGGUCAAACAGUAUGGAUGUGUUGACAAGUAAUUUGUUGACUGAUCUGUUGGACAAAGCUCUUGAAUGUCCGGUAUGUUUGGAUCAAUUGGAUGCGACGGCUCGGGUGCUGCCGUGUCAGCACACGUUUUGCCGCCGAUGUCUGCUAGAGAUCGUACAUUCACGACGGGAACUGUUAUGUCCCGAGUGUCGGGUUCAGUGCGUCACUCCUAUCGAUGAAUUACCGCCCAAUAUAUUACUUAUCCGUCUUCUCGAAGGCAUCAAAAGCAAUAGGAAGCCAUCGGGCGAUCGCAAUGAUGGCCAACAACAGGGUAUCAAUGAAUUGCUUCCGUUGAGUUCACAAACGAGUACAUCGAUGGCUGGCCUUUCCAUAAAUCAAUUGUUUAAUAAAUCUCAACAACAAGUCAUUACAAGUCAGUCAACGACAAAACAGUCUCAACCAAACCAAAGUCAAACAAUACAACAACAACAUCAACAACAUGUCAGUCAAGAGCGAAAUGUCGUCAAACAAAGCCAAUCGUCAUUAAGACACUCUAUGGAGAUGUUGAGUACAUCUAUUGAAGAAGACGAAGAGAGCCAGUGGUCCACUGAGUUCGCCCGUACGGCAGUCAUACGCAAGAGUUUAAGAGAAAAUAAUCACAAUUACAACAAUAAUAAUAAUACUAAUAAUAAUAACAAUAAUAAUCAUAACAACAAUAUAAACUUAAAAGAAGUGCAAAAUACAUGUCCACCCAAUGAAACACAACAACAACAACAGUCAACAAAUAUACUCUAUGUUGCACUGUAUAACUAUAGGCCGCAAAAGAAAGAUGAGUUAGAAUUACGAAAAGGAGAGCUCUAUUCGGUCGGUCAGAAAUGUCACGACGGAUGGUAUAAAGGGGUGUCACUAAAGAGCGGCACAUUUGGUGUAUUUCCCGGAAAUUAUGUCCAAUUAGCCAAGAUGACGGUUCCUGUGUCUCAAUAUCACUGUGCAGUUAAUGUCAGUAAUGUAGUGACACCGCAAUCCAUAAUAAAUGUAAAGCCAAUGUCUCAGAAUAACCAAUUGUCUAAAGAGCCACCGGUUUUAAAGCCAAAGCCUGUACUACAGUCCAAGCCAUCAAUAAAUCCAGUAUUAGGUGAUACUGGUGUUCAGUCAAACACUGCCACAGACAAUGCAACAGUCUAUGCACGACCGCGACCUACUGGUCAACCCAUUUACGACAUGUCUCGAAAUUUAACAUCAUUAGUACCCCCACCACCACCCACUCAACGACCCUCUCGUCCAUUAAGUAGUAUUAUAGUGCCUAAUAAACCAUCGGUUGAUCCAAACUCACCACAAAGUCAAUUGGCUCAAGCAAUCAAUCAGUCACUUCUAAUCUCGAAACAGCAGUCAACAUCCCAGUCCUCACUUACUCAAAGUACUCAAUGGCAUCAGCCGAAAGUGGCCGCAACCCGAAACACGCUAUCUAUGAUAUCAAACACAUCAAUAACACCACCGCCUAACGUGUCGGUCGUGUCGUCGUCUUCAUCAUCAUCGAUGUCGACACAGAGCAGUCAUAAGCCACCAAUUGAUAAAAAGGAGGCUAAAACUAAAGACAAAUCAAAUUUUAUCAAACGUUUCACUUCAGGAAUACCUAAACGCAAAAAUCAAUUGAACACUAAUAAUAGUUUUUCAUGUGAUAAUCCAUCGUUUGUGGACACAUCUCCCAAUAGUACCAAUAGUACGGCUCCAUUACAUGUUAGGUCGGGUUCGUGUCCUAACGAGUCUUUUACUGAAUCGGCCGCACAUAAAAAGCAAUCGUCUUUUGAUGACUCAAAUACUGUCAUUAAGAAUCGAAUGACUUCCAAAACAUUGAUGAAAGAGGUUUCACCACAAGUGUCGCAACCGAUAGGACCUCCAGUGGUUAAGGAAAGGUUUCGUUGUGUUGUGCCUUAUCCACCAAAUAGUGACUAUGAAUUGCAGUUACAAAUAGGUGAUGUAGUUUAUGUCCAUAAGAAACGAGAGGACGGUUGGUAUAAGGGAACACUACAGCGUACCGGAAAAACUGGCCUUUUUCCCGGUCCUUUUGUUGAGAGCUUUUAAUGGCCACUUAACCCACAAUUGACUAUCCAAUCAUUGCAAUUAUUCAUGAGUCCCGACCUCUCAAUCCAUACCAUAAGUCAAAUAUCUGACUUUCCAUUUGAAAAUUUACUCUUUUACUCAAAUCUUUUAUUAAGUUAUUAUUGUUUGUUAUUACAGUAUAUAAUAUAUUGUUAUUAUUUGUUGUAUUACACUCUUGACAACCACUGACAUCAAAAUUACUAUUAUAUCUGUUAUAUAUUUUUCAGUGUUUUGUUGUGUUGUUUAAAGUGUUUUUCGCAAAACUUUUUAUUGAUCUUUGUUUAAAAAUAAUAAUUUGAAAGAUUUAACCAAAUAUAGCGAACAAAUUGUUAGAUAAAAGUAAUUUAAGUCUUAAAAACUCAUUUUUGAAUUUAUUAUUAAUUAAUGCUUUUAAUGAUUGUUUAUGGAUUAUAUUUAAAGAUGUGUGAAAAACGAUUUAAGCAAUUUUAAGA